CAAAAUUAAUGACUAAAGACUAAAAAACUAGAUUUUUAACUUUUCACACAAUAUAGUUUAUUAAGACAGAUGUUUUCCUGUUGUCCACUAGGGUUUCUUUUCCUUAAGCAUGCUAUGAGAAGCUAUUCUGAAAAUAGGAUCAAAAAAUUCCAAAUUCAGGGGGGGGGGCGAAUGUCCCCUGCCCCCCUUGUAUCCGCCCCUGAUACUCCUUCUCGAAUUUAAUGCACAAUCUAAUGCGAAGUAAUUUAAUCAGCCUUUUAUAUCGAAACAGUACCAGGAAUACAUUUAUUGGACUGUACAAUGUUAUGUCAGUAGAAAUAUCAAAUUUUUAAGAGAGAAGAAAAUACCUCUAUAACGCAAUAUUAUUUCAAACAAAUAGAAGGAAGUGUAUUGGAGAAGAAAUGAAUUUCGAAGAAAAUGGAGAAACUCCCUUUAAGAAAGAAAAAUGUACAUAUCCUAUUCUAGAAAACACAUGUAACAUUUUUGUACAAGAAGAAAACACAAAGACGGAGAUUAAUAAAAUUGAAGAUGAAGACCUGGAUCAGAAAGAAGAUCCGCUUCACUUCAACCCAAAGCAACCAAAAAAGAGUGAUCACAGAAUAAUUGAGUAUCCUUGUACUAAAUGUGAUUAUGUGGCGACUCGGAAAUAUUACCUGAAGACACAUAUUAAGAGUGAGCAUGAAGGAAUAAGAUACCCAUGUAAUCAGUGUAUCUUUGUUGCAUUUAAUGUAGUAAAUCUAAAUAGACAUAUCAAAUGUAGACAUGAUAAAGUAAGGUAUCCUUGUAAUAGAUGUGAUUUUGUAAGUACCCGACAAGAUCAUCUCAAAAAGCAUAUUGACAGUGUUCACGAAGGAGUAAGAUAUCCCUGUUCUAAGUGCGAUUAUGUUACAACUAAAGUUGAUUAUUUGAAGCAUCAUAUUACAACAAAACAUGAAGAAGUUAAAUAUUAUUGCAAUACUUGUGAUUAUGUUUCAACUACAGCAGGAGGUCUAAAGAAACAUAUUGAGAGUAAACACGAAGGAAUAAGAUAUCCUUGUAAUAAAUGUGAUUAUGUUUCAACUACUGCUGGGAAUUUAAAGAUACAUAUCGAGAAUAAACACGAAGGAAUAAGAUAUCCUUGUAUUGAAUGUGAUUAUGUUUCAACUACAACAGGAGGUCUAAAAACACACAUUGAGAGUAAACACGAAGGAUUAAAAUAUCCUUGCAAUAAAUGUGAUUAUGUAGCAACCUUUCCACAAUCUUUAAAGGCGCAUACUAAAAAUAGACAUGACUCUGUGGGAUAUCCUUGUACUCAGCGUGCAUAUAUUGCACCUAAACCAGUUAGCCUAAAGAAACAUAUUAAAAGUAAACCGUCAGGAGUGAUUUACUCUUGUAAACUGUGUGAAUUUACUGCCACUGAUUCAAGACGCCUCAAAAAGCAUAUGGAACUUAUACACGAAGGAGUGAGAUAUCCCUGUUUGCAGUGUGAAUUUGCUGCAACCACAUCAGGGGGUUUAAAGCGCCAUGAAGAGAAUAAACAUUCAGGAGUACGGUAUCUGUGUGUCCAUUGUGGAUAUUCUGCAUCAACACCAAACAGUCUCAAGAAUCAUGUUCAAAAUAUUCACCAAAAAGGAGAAGAAAAAUAUCUGUGUGAGAAAUGUGAUUUUAUUACAACUAGAACAUAUUAUUUAAAGAGACACAUGAAGUGCAAGCAUGAGGGAUUUAAAUAUUUAUGUGAGAAAUGUGAGUAUGUUGCAAGGGAAGCAAUGACUCUGAGAAAUCACAUAAAGAGCAAACAUGAAGGAGUGAGAUAUCCAUGUGAUCAGUGUAAAUUUUCCUCCACCUCAAAAGGAGGGUUGAAAAAGCAUGUUGAUAUUAAACAUAAACGAGUGAGAUAUCCUUGUGAAAGAUGUGAAUAUACUGCAACUACUCCUGGGAGCCUAAAGCUUCACAUUGCAAGUAAACAUGAGGGUGUAAGAUAUCAAUGUGAUCAGUGUGAGUAUGCUGCAACUACAUCUGUCAGUUUAAAGACACAUACUAAGAGUAAACAUUUAGGAUAUAGCUAUCUUUGUGACGAGUGUGAUUAUGUGACAAAUUACCCAAGCAAUCUAAAGAUCCAUGUUAAGAGAAAACAUGCAGUAACAAUUCUUGCGACCAGUGUAUUACAGCAAGCAUAAAAUGACAGAUAUAAAGAUUAAAAGAUUUAAAGGUGUGUAUAUGAUUUUGAUAUUUUUAUAUCUCUCAAUUGGUCUCUUUUAUCGAAAUGACUCCCAUUGUUUUUUCUAAAACAAAAUGAAGUGUACAUGUGUCAUA